AUGACUUCCACUCAUAACCAUUUGUGCAAUUCUACAUAUCUGGCUGAUAGUUACAAAAACAGAGUGACUGAGCAACCAAAUAUUAGGAUAGUGAAUUUUCAGGAGAUCAUUAGGAAGGAACUGGAUAUCUAUGUUGGAAAGACAACAGUGAGAAGAGCUAGGGAUAGAAUGUUACAAGAUAUUAGGGGUGAUCAUGUUGCUGAGUAUGGUAGAAUAUUUGAUUAUAGAGAUGAGAUAUUAAGAUCUAAUCCAGGCAGCACUUGUGUUGUUAAAGUUGGAGAAGAUAUUGAAACUGGAAAGAAGAUCUUUGAGGGGUUUUAUGUAUGCUUUGAUGCUUUAAAGAAAGCAUUCUUUGGAGGUACAAGGAGGUGCUUUGGUCUGGAUGGAUGUUUUCUCAAAUGUGUGUGUAAAGGUCAGCUAUUGGUUGCAGUUUGCAAGGAUGGGAACAACCAAAUGCUGCCUACUGCUUGGGCAGUUGUUGAAUUUGAGAAUCAAUUUACUUGGAGAUGGUUUGUGUCUCUAUUGAAGAAUGACCAUGAACUUGGAGAUGGACAUGAAUUAACACUGAUUAGUGACAUGCAAAAGGGACUGCAAAAUACAGUAGAUGAUUUACUUCCAGAUGCAGAACACAGGUGGUGUGCAAGACAUAUUCUUGCUAACUGGUCCAAAGCCCAUAAGGGGAUAAAAAGAAGAAAAUUAUUUUGGAUAAUGGCAAAGUCCACUUUUGAAGCUGAACUGAGGGGUCAUAUUGAUGAAAUGAAGAAAAUGGGCAGAGACUGUUUGGAUGACCUCAUGUAUUACAAAUUAGAUAAAUGGUGCAAAAGGUACUUCAAAGAGCACAACAAGUGUGAUUCAGUGGACAACAACAUGGCUGAGAGUUUUAACAACUGGAUAUUAGUUGCAAGAUACAAAACAAUUAUCACAAUGCUAGAAGAGAUUAGGGUGAAGAUGAUGAAAAGAAUUGGUCAGUUGAGAGAGUUUUUAAACACAUGGAUCACUAAUAUAUCUCCCAUGUCUCUCAAGACUCUACAAGAAAACAUUAACAAGUCAAUGCAGUGCAGCUUGUCUUGGAAUGGUGAAAGGGGUUUUGAAAUUAAAGAUCCUUGGGGCUGUACACAUUGUGUUAACAUUGUUAGGCAACUUGUAGUUGCAGAUCUUGGCAACUGA